UCCCCUCCCCUCGCCUCAUCUCAUCUCAUCUCAUCUCCUCCAAGAAACCCACCCAUCUCUCUCCCUCCAACGAUCCAUCCAUCGAUCGAUCGAUCCAGCUUGCUCGCUUGCUUGCUUAGCUAGCUACCGACGAGUGACGACCAUGGUGGUGGUGGUGGCACCGAUCGCGGUGGCGUCCGCGGGUCUGGGGAUGCUGGCCGGCGUGGCGAUGGCGAACAGGAGCAACAACAGCAGUAGCAGCAGCGGCAGAACGUCGUCGCCGGCUGCGUUGCUGCGGUGGGGGGCGCCGGAGCCGGCGCCGCGGUGCGCGGCGUGCGGAGGGACGGGGCGGGAGGAGUGCCGGCUGUGCGCGCGGUGGUCCGACGCCCGGGGCGACUGCUCCGGGUGCCGGGCGUGCGCCGGCACGCGGCGGGCGCCCUGCCGGAGCUGCGGCGGCUCCGGCACGGGCCGCCGCGCCCCCGUCCGCGUCUCCUCCUCCGCGCCGCCGUCACGGUGACCGGGAUCGGAAGGAGAAGCUGUGUCGCCUCUCGCCGCCGAUGGAUCGAUCAAACCCCCCAGGCUCGCCGUCGCCGGCGUCGAGCUAGGCAGAGCUUAUAGUUGGUUCUUGAUUUCUCCCGUUGCUGGGAAGGAGAUGAACCUGCAACAUCUGCAUGAACAGCUCAGAGCACUAGAUUAGCAGAAGAUUAAUUAGUUAGCUGAUCAGUAGUUGUAGCACUAGCUUAGCUAGUUCAAUCAAAAGGCUCUGUGCUUGUCUGAUCUGUCCAUUCCAGUCACUGAUGCUGCUGCUGUUCAAUCAAGGCUCGAUGUGUAAUUAGCAGCAGCAGAUAAGCAGAUUAGUUAGCUGAUUAAUUGUAGUGGCAGCAGCUAGUUCAAUCAAGGCUCGAUUUAUGUGAUUAUGUCUCUCUGACCUGUUCAUGCCAGCCACUGAUGCUGCUGCUGUUGAAUUGCUUGCCCAGCUUGAUCCAACCUCACUGUCAAAAGUGGAGAAAUGAAACAAACUGUGAACAUGUACUGUGUUCAUCUA